GCCCCGCCCAGGGCAACCAGAGAGAGGCGAUACCGCCAAGUGCGCAGAGCGGCGCCCCGCUGGCCGGCCUCGUAACGGAAGUAGGCUCUGCGCGUCCGGAAGCGGUGGCGCGGCGGGGGCCGAGCGGGGUUGGCGCCAUGAAGCCGGCGGUGGACGAGAUGUUUCCUGAGGGAGCCGGUCCUUACGUGGAUCUUGAUGAGGCAGGGGGAAGCACGGGGCUGUUGAUGGACCUGGCCGCCAACGAGAAAGCGGUGCACGCCGACUUCUUUAACGAUUUUGAAGAUCUCUUUGAUGAUGAUGACAUCCAGUGAACUUAGUUGUCCAGCUAUGCAAUGCUGAGAUGUGGAUUUUUCUCUAGGAUCGCCUGUGGUGCCCAUUAUUUAUUAAAAUAAUCAAGACAGGAAAAUCACAGCGGGGUGGUAAAAACCUGUAUAAGCUGCCUGGGGAAUAUGAAAACCAGAUGGUUAAAGAUAACUAAGGAGGGAAUUGUGGACUGUUAUUUCUAGGAAGCUGCGUGUGGAUUUUUCUUUAAAUUUUACUUGCUGAUGUGUUCAUUCAAUAAAAUACUAAAAAAAAACCCCUCUCUCUCUGGGAUAUACUUUGAAAGGAGAUAUUGCUGUGUUCUGAGCUCCCUUAGAGGAUUUUUUUUUAUUAAAUCAUUUACUGUUACUUUUGGAUAUUAUAUAAAGAUACAUGGCAGGGCAUAUUGCUGCCUAGAAAAGAUUUGUUCAUCCCACAGUAUAGGAUUAUCUAGGGCUAAGAUAGUUGCUUGUUCUGAAUAGUCUGACUCAUUUGCCAGUUGCACUGAGAAGAGUGUGCGUUGUCUUCUGUUUCAAGAUAGAUACUCAACUACCAUCAGUACUUAACUUUUAGGAAGUACAGGAAUAAAAAGUAGUAAUUUUAUCUUGAUAUUUUAAGCAGAGGAAUGUUCUGGCCCUGGGCCAUGGGAAUGCUUGGAUUUAAAAAUAUAAUUUAAUUCUUGAAAUUAUACUCUACAGAAAGAAAAUAAUUUUAGGAUUCUUUUCUCCUACAGCAGGGAAUGUAAUUAUUCAUACUCACAGGUAUAGUGUAUAUGAAUCAGUCUGUUAGAUAUUAGUUCAGAUUUUGACGCAAGUUUUCAGAACAUCUUAGAAAUGUUUGAUUUUGCACCCUUCAGUGACCAAAGUGAAUCUCAGAAUGGAAGGAACAGGUGAGUUUUUAGUAUAUUAUUUCAGAAUCAAGAGUUUAAUCCUGUCUAAUCUUAAGUGCAGUCUGUAUUCCAUAAAUUGAUCACAAAAAUAAUACUGUGACUGAUCUUUCUUUAAAGACUUCACUCUACUUAAAUUUCACCUGGAGUGAAACACUUGCCUCUCAUACUUUUUCACGUUUUUUCUUCGGUUUGCCUUAAAAAAGGGAGUCUUAAAUGUAACACUAAGUAUGCUGGCCCCGAUCUUAAAAAUGUAAGGACAAUAAAAACAGUAGGACGUAGGUUUCGUCUUAUAGUAUUUCUGUGGAUUUCUCAACAUCCUCUGUUUCAUCAUUCAAUGUACGUUAGAUCAGCAUUCUGACAUUUACUCUGCUUAGUGUCUGACAUUACAAUGUGUCCCUAAAGGAACGGUCUUGCUGAGGCAGUCUCCUUUUCCUUUUUAGUGUUCGCUUUGCUUAAAGAGGCAGGGAUUUCAAGCUUUCCUCAUUUAAAACCAAUGUAAACAUUUUGACUGAGUGGUAGCAACUGCAUUUGGACUGUUUCUAGCUUUGGUGCUGUUCUUUCUCCAAACUAGAUUUUGAGAAAUGAGCUGCUGCCAGGAAAUGGAGGCUGCAUUCUGGGCAGGUGCAAAAGAUGAAAUAGAUUUUAGAAGCAACUCUCCUCCUCUGCUCUUUUAGCUACUUUAUUCUGCUGAUGCCCAGAUUCCUCAAGAUGGUCACCUUGGUUUUGGAAUACUUCCUUAUCGGUGUUUUGUACAGGCUUUUCCUUUGUUUUUCAUUUGCCUGCCUUAAGUUUUAAGGAAGUUGAGCUUUAAGUUUGAUCACAGCAGCAGGAGUAUAUUCUGUGAUACAAAUCCAUCUUGAACAGUUGCUUGUUGGUAUGAAUGGUGUUCUCUUUUUAGAGAUGCCUAAAACCUCAGUGAAGUGUUGGUUUGAAGGUGCUGAUGGUGAGUAGUUCUAGUUUUGUAACGUCAUCUCGCUUGAUCAAAACAUGAAACCUAUCUUCAUGAAACUGCGUAGAGGGCAAAUAAUGCUGAUGGGUCCAGCACAGCCUAAAAAAAAGUUUUUUAUCCUGGUAGGAUAUAGCUACCCAUUCAAGGUAGGUAUAGCUAACACCUUUUAGUAAAGCUUUCCAGAAUCUCAGUGUUUCAUGUUAAAAAGCAGCAUAAAUAGUACUGCUGGCACCUGGGAAGUGUGGUAUGGCUGUCUGUAGGGAAGGAACUUACUCUAUGCGGUGUGUAAAAGCGUUUGAGUUAGUAAAAGUCCUUAUGAAGAAAGCUGCUGAAUUUCAUGAACUGCCUUGGUGUGCACCUGAUGCCACUCUGGCUGUAGCUACUGUGAGUACUAGGUGGUUCUUUGGUAUUACUUCCCAGCUGCCAACUUGCUAAGCUUGCACUUAAAUCUGAUGCCUGGUGUGGGUUUGUUCUCUUGGGAUGAAGUGAAGUGAAAGGAGCAUUCUUCAGAGUUGGAAUGGGAUGAUACCAAAGGUACGUAUGUCUGGAGUAUGAAGUUCUCUCCUUCACAAGUGUGUAUAUACCUUCGUCUUUCUGAAGAGAGCUGUCAAUAUGUAAGAACUUUCACCAGGAAUUGUAGUUUGUUUGGGUCCCUUUUGGGACAGCAUUAAUAUGGAAAGGCUUAUAUGAAGAACAAAAUGCCCUUCAGCUUCACGUUGUUUCUGUGUUACUAUUUGUCAAGACUUUCAGCCUAAUUAGUCUGCGGGCAAUCAGCCUGUUGACAGGAAAUAAUCACAAGAUCUCAAAAUCUCUAAUAAAAUUGAUUUAAAGGUCA